AUGUUACCGCUGAGGCUUAUCUUUCCGCUAAAACAAGUGUCCCGACCGGGUCUCCCGGUCACGUCCCGAUAUCUCUUUUGGCUUGACCAAACCCAUCAGCAAACUCUUUCUUUCUCCUCACACCCCCCGCACAACCCGCUCCUGGACUCUUUCACUCAAAAGGAAAUCGAAGAAGCUAGACAAUGGCUCACAGAUCUAUCUCGGACCCAUAUCCCCACACACCAUUUUGACGUCUCCUAUGCACGAGCCUCAGGUCCCGGUGGCCAGCAUGUCAACAAGGUCUCUACUAAGGCGACAGUCAGACUCCCAGCACACCAUUGGGGCCGUGCAGCCACUUGGAUCCAUCCUGUGAUCCGACACAUUCUUUUUUCCCCGCAAUCCACAGUUGCCAACACCACAAAUGACCAUGCUUAUUCGGCAAUAGCUGCAGCUGCUCAUAAACCAUUCCCCUACCAGGUUGCAUCUGGAGACUUGGUCAUUCAAUCAGAUCGCACCCGGUCCCGAGAUGAAAACAGAAACGACUGCUUUGAUAAACUUGUUGCUGCAAUCAAAGAUCAUGCUUACAUCCCACCAGAAACUAAACAACAUGACUUGGACCGCUGGGAAAAAAUCCAUGGUAGAGCUAAAGAGUCUCGACUACGCGAAAAGAAAAUGCACUCUCAAAAAAAGACGUCCCGGAAACACCGAGGUGACGAUUAG